AUGGCGGCCUCAAGUAGAAAACCAGCGCCGGUUCACACCCGGGAGAUUCUCAGUAAUUACCACGGUGGAAUAACAUUCGAGGACUUACCAGAAUAUUGUAGCGGAUGUGGCCAGCUUUUCCAUAAAGCUUGUUUGUUAAAAAAUCACAAAUACACAAAUGAACGUGGUGAGCAAAUUGAAUGUGUAGGACAUGAAAUAUCAGAUAACGUCAGUGUUGCAUCUUCUGUUUCAUCGGUAACAAGAAAAAAGAGGAAAAGGUAUGAUGAGGAAAUUGAUGUUAGUGACAUUGCUGAUAAAGUGGAUACGUUGAUUGAUAGAGUCCAGGAAAUUGGUGUAAAUGUAGAAGACUUCAGAUAUGAAAUUAAAAACAUUGCAAUGCAGUUAUUCUUAGAUAUUAAAGAUGACUCAAUGAAAACGGUUCGGGAAAUUGUGAGAGAGGAAGUGCAAAAUGUAAUUGGCGGAAGUAAUGAUUGUAAGACAGAAGAAGUUAAAAGUUUUAAAAAACUUGCUUCCUAUGCAGACAGAGCUAAAGGAUCAAAAACUGAGACAGUUGUAAUUGAGCCUAAAGAGAAACAAGAUAGUGAACUGACCCCUGUUGAAAAUAUCCAAUACAGUUCCAUACAGAACAAUAGAAUCUGUAAUGGCUUAUAUGUAGUCUAUCUGGAGUAA